CCCCCCCCCCCCCCAUCGUCAUUGACGCCGAGUAGCCUUGAAUGCCGGGAAACGGCUCAUUGAUCGGCUUCGGAGCCGCAUUUGACUUACGUUGAGCUAAGUUGAGCUAGCUAAGCUAAGCUAACUGUAGCCCGAGCCUUCUUCAAAACAAAUCACUACUCGCUCGUUUGGCGUCGUAGCUAACGCAGAAAAUAGCGAAAUAGCCGAACCUGGAUAGCUGGUGACUUAACGAUAAUAGCUGACAGCUUGGCGAAAAACCCAACUUAACAAUCUUGAACACCCACGGGAGGCGUAGCGGCGGACUUUCAACCGAAAGGUUAUGGUGAGCCUCUCUGCGUCUCAUCUCCUAAAGAGGCCUGCGUUUUGAGAGGAGACCCAUGCUGAUAAAUGCCAGGCCUCGCCACGCUCUCUGUCGUCUGCACACACACAAAUGCCUGCCUGCCCGUGGGGGAGGUCUGAUUAAAGAAAUCCACCUUUCAUCCACUGGGCCGUGCCCCCCGUCCCGGCGGCCGCCAUGUUCUGGAAGUUCGACCUGCACACCACGUCCCACAUCGACCAGCUGCUGGACCGAGAGGACGUGACGCUGCGAGAGCUGAUGGAGGAGGACGACGUCCUGCAGGAGUGCAAGGCCCAGAACCGCCGGCUGCUGCUCUUCCUCUCCCAGGAGCACUGCAUGCAGGAGCUGGUCCGCCUCAUCACCACGGAGCCGCCCGCCGACCUGGAGGAGAGGAGCCGCUUCAAGUUUCCCAACAUUGCGUGUGAGCUCCUGACAUCAGACGUGUCCAUUAUUAACGACAAGCUGGGCGCGGACGACUCUCUCCUCGAGGUGCUCUACCACUUCCUGGAGCAGGACCCCCCCCUCAACCCGCUACUGGCCAGCUUCUUCAGCAAAACCAUCGGCAACCUCAUCGCCAGGAAAACCGAACAGGUGAUCACCUUUCUAAAGAAAAAGGAAGGCUUCAUCGGCCUGGUGCUGAAACACAUUGACGCUUCUGCCAUGAUGGACCUGCUGCUUCGCCUUAUCAGUUGUGUAGAGCCUGCCCCCUUGAGGCAGGAGGUCCUCCAUUGGCUGAAUGAGGAGAAGUUGGUACAAAGACUCACAGAGCUCAUCCAUACUGGCAAAGAUGAGGAGAGACAAUCAAAUGCAUCCCAGACGCUCUGUGACAUCAUCCGCCUUAGUCGAGACCAGGCCAAUCAGAUGCAGGAGAACAUGGAGGCCGACCCUCUAUUGGCUGUACUGGAGUCGCAGGAGAGUGUAGCGGGGCUCCUGAAGAACAUGUUUGACGGGGAGAGGAGUGAGGCCUCCAUUGUUAAUGGAACUCAAGUGCUACUUACCUUACUGGAGACCAGGAGGUCUGGGUUGGAAGGGCUGAUGGAUCUGUAUUCUCAGGGUUAUGAAAGGUCUUACACUGUAAGCAGCAGUAUUUUAAAUGCCAUUGAGCCCCACAUAAAGGACUUCCAGCAGCUUCUUCUGGAUCCCCCCAAGAAAAGUGCAAUAUUGACGACCGUUGGCGUCCUGGAGCAGCCACUGGGGAACGCCCGCCUUCACGUGGCCCGCCUGGUGGCCGCCCUGCUGCAAACCAGUGCCCUCAGCAUCUGCCAGGAGCUCUGCAGUCUCUCCACCAUGGACCUACUACUGGAUCUGUUCUUCAAAUACUCCUGGAAUAACUUUUUGCACUUCCAAGUGGAGCUGUGUGUGGCGGCUAUCCUGAACCAUCCUUCGGAGGAGCGGCCCAACCCGGGCCUCCAGAACCACGAUGGGAAUCCCGCGGCGUCGGACCCCGAGCCGCAGGGGGAGGAGGCGGCGGAGACGGGCGGGACCAGCGACCCACAGACCUCCGUCCACAAUGCCCUAGUAGCGCAUCUUUUCCAGAAGUGUCAACUGGUCCAGAGGAUCCUCGACGCCUGGGAGGAGAAUGAUAAAAUACAGGGUGAGGGCGGAACCAGGAGAGGCAACAUGGGUCAUCUGACCAGGAUCGCCAACAUGGUGGUCCAGAACCUGGAGAAAGGACCGGUACAGUCCCAGAUCACUGACCUCAUCAAAGAGCUGCCAGAAGACUGCAGAGGCCGCUGGGAGAGCUUCGUGGACGAGACCCUGCGAGAGACCAACCGGAGGAACACGGUGGAGCUGGUCAGCACCCACAACAUGCACUCGUCCAGUGAAGACGACGACAUGGAGAGCCCGUUCCCCAACGACCUGUCUCUCCAGCAGGCCUUCUCUGACUAUCAGAUCCAACAGAUGACGGCCAACUUCGUGGAUCAGUUUGGCUUCAACGACGAGGAGGAGUUCAGCGAGCACGAUGAAAAUAUAAUGCCACGUUUGACCGAAUUGCCGAAAUCAACUUCAAUCUCGACGCGGAUGAUAAUAGUGCCAAUGCGGCUGCGUUUGAAGCCUGCUGUAAAGAGAGGAUACGCCAGUUUGAUGAUGCUGAAGAAGAAGAGGACAUCUGGGAGGAGAAGGAGAUGAACUAUGCAACACAAGCUAAAUCCAGAACAAGGUUCGGGUCUCCCAAACCUCCGAGAACAGCUCCAGGAGCAGCAUGGAGAACGGGGGCAGGGA